AUGAAAAUCGGUGAUGUUCUUCAUGAUUAUAAAUUGUAUGAUAAUACAAAAAAGAAAAGUAGUGAAAUGGUUAUUAAUGAAAAUGAUAAUAAAGAAAGGUUAUUGGAAGAAUUCGAAAUAAGAAGUAAGGUAAGGAAAGUGUGUUUAGGUAUACCUACUCAAGAUAUUGAUGUAAAGAAUAUUUUGAGAUUAUUAAAGGAACCUAUAUGUUUAUUUGGAGAAGAUAGUUAUGAUAAAAGGAAACGAUUAAAAAAUAUAUUAAUAACAAAAUAUGAUAGACUAAUAAUUAAGAAAAAAAUAGAAGAGGAAGAUGAUGUUGAAGAAUUCAAAAAUAUAUUAAAAAGGUAUUAUAUAGAUUUUAGUGAUUUAUAUCCAUCAGGUUUAUCCGAAGCUAAUAAAAUAAAUGAAGUUCAUGAUAAACACAAAUUAAAAGAUGUACAUGACACAAAAGAAGAACAAAAUGUACAUAUGAAAACGGUGAGAGAAGAAGAUAAAGAUAUUUUAAAAGAGAAAUGUUAUACAGAAGGUACUAAAGAUUUAAAAAAAAGUAGAAUAGAAAUAACAAUAAAAACAUUACCAAGAAUAUUUUUAUAUAAAGAAAUGAUAAAUAAAUUUCAAAAUGGAUAUUCAAAAAAAGAGUACGAAAAUUAUAUUACUUCAUUUAAUGAACAUAUAAAAAAAGAAUCAGAUUUAUAUGUAUCACAAUUAGGUGAUGAUAGACCUCUGACCAUGGGUAAAUUUUCUCCAGAUAAUAGUGUAUUUGCUAUUAGUAGUUUUAAUUCAUAUAUUAAUAUUUUUAAUUAUAGAAAUGAUGAUUAUAAUUUAAUAAAAACAUUAAAAAAUGGUCAUGAAGAAAAAAUUAAUUGUAUAGAAUGGAAUUAUCCUAAUAAUUACUCAUAUUAUAGUACAAUGAAUUAUAAGGAUUUAUCAAAACAUGAUUUAUUAUUAGCUUCAUGUUCAUCUGAUAAAUCGUUUUGUAUAUGGAAACCAUUUUAUGAUGAAUAUGAUGAUACAAAUGACAAUAUAAAUGACAAUAUAAAUGAAUAUAUAAAUGAAAAUAUAAAUGAAAAUAUAAAUGAAAAUAUAAAUGAAAAUAUAAAUGACAAUAUAAGUGACAAUACAAGUGACACUAUAAGUGACAAUAUUAAUGACAAUAUUAAUGACAAUAUAAGUGACAGUAUAAGUGACAAUAUAAGUGACAAUAAAAAUAAUAAUUCGCAUAAGGUUGAUAAAUAUAACUCAAAUAAAAAUAAACUAUCUGCACAAAAUAAAAAUUAUUUAUUAUGCAAAGUAAAUGCUCAUGAUGAUCGAAUAAAUAAAAUAUGUUUUCACCCCUUAAAUAAAUAUGUAUUAACAUGUUCAGAUGAUGAAACCAUAAAAAUGUUCGAUAUAGAAACACAACAAGAAUUAUUUUAUCAAGAAGGUCAUAAUACUACAGUAUAUAGUAUUGCUUUUAAUCCUUAUGGUAAUUUAUACAUAUCAGGAGAUUCUAAAGGAGGUUUAAUGUUAUGGGAUAUUAGAACUGGUAAAAAUGUUGAACAAAUAAAAAUGGCACAUAAUAAUUCUAUAAUGAAUAUAAAUUUUAAUCCAUUUCUAGCAAAUAUGUUUUGUACUUGUUCAACUGAUAAUACUAUUAAAAUAUUUGAUUUAAGAAAAUUCCAAAUUUCUUGUAAUAUUUUAGCACAUAAUAAAAUUGUUACGGAUGCUCUUUUUGAACCAACCUAUGGAAGAUAUAUUGUUUCAAGUUCAUUUGAUACUUUUAUUAAAAUAUGGGAUUCUGUUAAUUUUUAUUGUACCAAAAUAUUAUGUAAUAAUAAUAAUAAAGUACGUAAUGUUGAUAUAGCUCCUGACGGUUCCUUUAUUUCUUCUACAUCAUUUGAUAGAACGUGGAAGUUGUAUAAAAAUAAAGAAUACACACAGGAUAAUAUUCUUUCCCAUUUUAUGUGA